UAACUCUCUCACUAGCACUCAGCACUUGAGAUUCAUUUUCAAGUGCCACUUAAAUUUCAUACAUUAGAUAUAGUAGUGACGUUGGUUUCAAAAACAGAAAAAAAAACAAGAGUGACGUUUUUGGUCUGGAUAGUUUCAGCACUCACUCUAUCACUGUUGCGAAGUCCAGCCAUGGAAGCAACUGCAACGCGAUUCUCCUCAUUCUAUCACUUCCAUCCCCACAAUUUCCAACCCAAACCCAACACGAUUCUCCAUAAAACUAGAAUUUCCAUUUUCACAAGAAAUUCACCUUCGCUUCAACGCAGAAUUUCCGUUAACUUCUCCGACCGACUCCGAACCAAUCAUACGCCGCACAUUCAGACCCCGAUUUUGAGUGAACAACUUGUUCCGGAAACUCGUGGCGGCGAUGGUGAAGCAAUUGUUGCUUCUCCGGGAACCUUAGAGUUCAAACCUAGAAUGUUCAAGAAUAGGUUUCUGAAUUUUGUGCGUUUUGGUUCCGUUAUUAAUGGUGCUGCUGAAACGUUUUUUAAAAGCGAGAUUAGGAGGAGAUUGUUUGUUACUGCUGUGUUAAUUGUGAUUAGUCGUGUUGGUUAUUUUAUUCCUCUUCCUGGGUUUGAUAGAAGGUUGAUACCUAAAGAUUAUAUGAGCUUUGUUUCUGGUUCAUCUGUCGAUGAACUUGGUGACUUCUCCUCUGAGCUGAAGCUGUCUCUUUUCCAGCUUGGAAACAGUCCUCAGAUAAUAGCAUCCAUUAUUAUGCAGGUAUUCUGUCAUGUUGUUCCUUCUCUAGUAAAGUUGCGGAAAGAAGGUUUGGAUGGGCAUGAGAAGAUUAAGAGUUAUAUCUGGUGGAUGUCACUGGGCUUUGCAAUUAUGGAAGCUCUAAUAGUUUCUUGCUACUCACUUCCAUACUCAAUUUACGCUGCUAGUUACAGGUUCAAACAUGUUAUGGUGACAACUUUGUUGUUGGUUUGUGGUGCAAUGACUAUUACAUGGAUAUGUGAUACCAUUUCAGAAUCUGGAUUUGGUCAAGGUUCAUCUCUUUUCAUAUGUGUUGGAAUACUGAUAGGGUAUAUGGAUACAUUACACAAAAUGGUAACUCAACUUUCAGUCAGUGCUGUUAGUUGGUGGCCUUAUGUGCUUGCAGUAUUGGGUCUCUUCACCAUAGUCACUAUGUGGGCAGUUGUAGUAACUGAAGGUUGCAGGAAAGUAAAGCUUCAGUACUAUGGUUUCAAACUUGCUUCUGCUGCAAGGGAGCAAUCACCUAUUACUGAAGUGGAGCCAUAUAUUCCUUUCAAUAUAAAUCCAGCAGGGAUGCAGCCUGUUUUGACCACUUCGUACCUCUUGGCCUUUCCAAGCAUUGUCGCUGGUUUGCUUGGGUCACCUUUUUGGGAGCAUGUGAAGGAAAUGUUGAAUCCUGACACUUCUGUUGGUGCUGAACCGUGGGUCUACUAUUCCAUAUAUGCCUUCUUUGUCUUCCUUUUCAAUAUAUUUGAUAUUGCUAACUUGCCAAAGGAAAUUGCUGAUUACUUGAACAAGAUGGGUGCAAGAAUACCAAAUAUUAAGCCUGGGAAGGCUACGAUAGAAUACCUCUCAAAGGUUCAGGCUUCCACGCGAUUUUGGGGGGGUCUAUUGUUAAGUGUUUUGGCCACUACUUCAAGUGUUCUCGAUCACUAUUUACGGCGUACCAAUGCUGGAUUUGCCAUUGGUUUUACAUCAGUUCUAAUUAUUGUUGGUUCCAUUAUUGAACUUAGAAGAUCGUAUCAAGCAUAUAAUGUGAUGCCAGGCUUAAGCAAUGCUUUGAAACGCUAUGGUGUAUAACUUCUGAAAAGCCAUGCUAUCAUUCCUGCUUUCGUCAGCAUCCUUAUUGUGCAGAUUUUCCAAUAUAAUUGAUCAGGACUGCUAGUAUUUCCAACAAGCUUGGAUUUUUGGGGAAUUAAAUCUGGUUUUUAGGUCUUUUAGUAUUGAGGUCCAUUAAGCAUUGCUAGUAAUCUGGUGCAAAAUGCUGCAUAUCAAUGCGUGCAAGCUACCGAUUCAAAAGCCUCAUUUUCUGAUUUCUUUCAGAAGGAACUUAUUUUGAUGAUUUUAGGAAAGUAUUUAGCUAGGUUAUAGUUUUAGCUGCAGCUGAUAUUUGUAAAAGAAAUUUUGUUAUAGAUACUAUGUGUAAUGUAAAAACGAGGUUAUGUAGGAGAUUAAACACCUUAAAGUGGCCUUUAAUCUCUCCAGAAAAGGGCCUUGGUGGUAGGCAUUAGUAAUAUUGUAACCAAAGAGAGACAUGCCAUUUGAUUUUUAAGUUGUAUGUUAUCUGCAUGUAUAGUGAUUGGUGAAACCCUUCGAGCACGGUCCAAAUGGUGCAACGGAAGAGCGUAAUAACUAAUGAAUAAUGAUCCCCUAAA